ACGAUGUGCUGCCACGGUUUCGUGAAGAACGGUUUUGAUGCGCUUUUUGCGAGAGGAGGAACAAUUUGACCUCCUCUUCUCUCCUUCACGCGUGUGUUAGUAGUGGUUGUUUUUAGGGUUCAUCGCUAGCUUGGUGCUACCCGUAGCGUCAAGGGAAUUUCGAUCUGAAUCUGAGCUUUUUGAGGUCCCCAGGUGAGGAUUUCCUAGGUUCGCUACCAGCUACUUCCUCAGCGCCAGAUUUCUCUCAAGUAUGGCACAGAUUUGUCGGCCUUGUCUCAACGAUCCUCGUACUUUUCUCCCUGGAGAACACAUCCGGGCUUUUCCAGUCUCGUCUCAGCGAAUUUCUAGAACUCGAAGGCGUUUUCCUCGAUCUUUGGAGGCACUGAGGCUACGGCCAAAACUUUCGCCAUGGUCGGUGAGUCGGCAUGCUGCAAGAGCUGUUCUUCCUGGACAAGUCAGCAACAAUCACUGUGAGAACGAGCACAUCGACCAGAAAUUUUGCGUCUUAAAGCUGAUCACGAAGGUUCUUCCGGUUGUUUUGCCAGUCAUCCUUUUGAGAGCUGCCCCUGCGCUAGCUUCCACCAUCACACUCUCCGCUGCUAGCUCUACAGCCAAAGGACUUCGUGUUCCCGAGCUUCUUACGAGCGCAUGGACGGGACUCAUGGCCGGAUGUCUACACACUCUCACAGGACCCGACCACCUUGCUGCUUUGGCACCUCUCUCAAUCGGUCGCACGAAGAUGGAAGGUGCUUUUGUGGGAGCGCUGUGGGGUUGCGGUCAUGACGCUGGCCAGAUCCUCUUCGGGUUGCUCUUCCUGGUGCUCAAAGAGAAGCUACACAUUGACCUCUUGAGAACAUGGAGCGCUCGCGUUGUCGGUGUCACUCUUCUCGUAAUCGGCGCGGUGGGAAUUAAAGAGGCACAGGAAGUUCCGAUCCCUUGCCUCGCAGGGGAGGGCUGUGAAGCAGACUACGAAGACAGUGGCGGAGUUCAGGAGCGGAAAAAGCCUUUUGGAUUUGCAACUUUUGGGACGGGAGUAGUCCAUGGCCUCCAGCCGGACGCUUUGCUCGUCAUUCUUCCAGCGCUGGCAUUGCCUUCUCGACUAGCAGGUGUGGCUUUUCUUUUCAUGUUCUUGCUGGGGACGGUGGUGGCGAUGGCUAGCUACACCGCUUUCGUUGGUUCGUGUAGCGAGGCCUUGCAGAAGAGGGUCCCGUGGAUAACUCAGAGACUGUCACUGGGCUCGUCGCUGAUAGCUAUCGCAGUCGGGCUCUCGAUUUUGGCUGGAGAGAUUUUUGGCAUCAACCUGUUUUGAGAAACAGACAGGAAGACAACACAGGUUUUUUCACAAAGAUACUA